UAAACCGGAAAUACAUUUCAGGAAAACCUUUCCUUACUUUUUCUUCAUUCAAGUAUUCCUGUAGAAUACAGUUAUCGCAAAUAUGUCGAAUAUUUCCUAUCAGAUCGGAAACUUAUUAGAGAAGGUGAGUGUCUUGCCUCGUAUCUAUCGAAGCUGUUUGAAAAAAUCGAACCGUUUUUCUUGAACUUUUUUUAAGAAAGCUUUUCUUCUUACAAAAAUGAUUUUUAGAUGAUGUCCUCGGACAAGGACUAUAGAUUUAUGGCAACGAAUGACCUUAUAUCCGAACUGCAAAAAGAUUCUAUUAAACUAGAUGACGACAGCGAAAGAAAAGUCGUUAAAAUGGUGCUCAGAUUACUCGAAGACAAAAAUGGUGAAGUGCAGAACUUAGCCGUCAAAUGUCUAGGGCCUUUGGUGAACAAAGUAAAAGACAACCAAGUCGAAGUAAUUGUAGAUACACUAUGCACUAAUAUGGUUUCCGACAAAGAACAAUUGCGAGACAUCUCAACCAUAGGAAUGAAAACUGUGAUAAGCGAUAUGCCUAUCGGCUCAUCCACUUUUGCAGCCACUAUUUCUAGAAAAAUAACCGGAAAAUUAACAACCGCUAUAUCUAAAGAAGACAUCUCUGUACAAUUGGAAGCUCUUGAUAUUUUACAUGAUCUGCUCCAUAAAUUCGGACAACUUGUAUUAUGUUCUAGUUCAGCGCUGUUCAGUGAACUGAUGGAAUUCUUACUACAAAAGUUAUGCAAUGAUACUCCAACAACUCGUACCUACAUUCAGUGUGUUGGGGCAAUAGCUAGACACGCAGGACAUAAAGUCGGCAAGUAUUUGGAUAAAAUUAUGCCUGCUGUUGUAAAUUACUGUAAACAAGAUGAUGAUGAAGUUCGCGAAUUUUGUCUCCAAGCUUUUGAAUCUUUUGUUAUCCGUUGUCCUAAGGAAGUUACCCCACACAUAAACCAAAUUAUUGACCUCUGUCUUAAAUAUAUAACCUACGAUCCAAAUUAUAAUUAUGAUGACGAUGAUGAAAAUGAAGACGAACACAUGAUGGACACUGACGAAGAUAUAGAAGAAGAUGAUGAUGACUAUAGUGAUGACGAUGAUAUGAGCUGGAAAGUUAGGAGAGCUUCUGCUAAGUGUUUAGAAGCUGUUAUCCGAACCAGACAUGAAAUGCUCGGACAACUGCAUACAACUGUGUCUCCUGCUUUAAUAGGAAGAUUUAAAGAGAGGGAAGAUAAUGUUAAGGCGGACGUUUUUCAUGCUUAUAUGUGCUUAUUGAAACAAACUCGCCCAGCGACUGUUUCAGACCCAGAUGCCAUGGAUCAAGACGGAAACCCAAUAAAUGAACUUCAAGACCAUCUUCCAAAUCUCGUAAAGGCUGUUUAUCGGCAAUUUCGUCAAAAAUCUAUUAAGACAAGGCAAUGUUGCUUCGCUUUGCUAACUGAAUUGGUAACAGUUCUACCUGGCUGUUUGUCACCAUAUAUUCAAAUGCUUAUUCCUGGAAUUCAAUUUUCUCUUGGUGAUAAGAACACGAGCUCGAAUAUGAAAAUUGAUACUCUCUCUUUUCUAAAUUGCUUACUAGUCAAUCAUCAACCUUCUGACUUUCAUCCACAUAUUGAAGUACUUGUUCCGUUGGUUAUCGGAUCCGUAGAUGAUGCAUUUUAUAAAAUAAUAUCAGAAGCAUUGUUGGUUACACAACAACUGGUUAAAGUGAUAAGACCACUUGGUGAACCAGUAAAAUUCGAUUAUAAACCAUACGUGGACACUCUGUACAAGAGCACUUUAGCUCGUUUGGUUGCUGCUGAUAUAGAUCAAGAGGUAAAGGAACGAGCUAUUUCAUGUAUGGCACAGAUAGUACAUAGUCUUGGUGAUGCUCUUGGAGCGCACUUCAAGCAAUGCUUACCUAUUUUCGUAGAACGCCUAAGAAAUGAAAUUACUAGACUAACAACUGUAAAAGGAGUAACCCUUAUUGCAUCAUCUCCUUUGAAAAUCGACUUGAGCAAAGUUUUGAACGACAUUUUACCUAUCUUGGCAACCUUUCUUAGAAAACAUCACAGGGCUCUGAGACUGAGCACUCAACAAUGUCUAGAAACAAUUGUACGAAAUUAUGGGCAUCUGUUUUCUGCCAAUUUGCUUAACGACGUAUUAAAUGAACUACCGCCUUUAAUUAGUGAAAGCGAUUUACAUAUGUCCCAAAUGACAAUGACGUUACUAACAACAGUUAGUGAAAUUAACAAAACAUUUUUAGAUAAAAUGGCAGCGAAUAUUUUGCCUCAAGUAAUGCUCCUUAUUAGAUCUCCGUUACUGCAAGGAGCUGCCCUUUAUUCAGUAUUGUCAUUCUUACAAGGAAUAGUUAAGGCUGAAGUCCAUAAUUGUUCUUAUAAAGAACUAUUCACGCUUCUAAUAAAACCGGUGGAUGAAGCAUCUGAAAAAGCUCGUGCACCAACCAUAUUACACAAACAAGCCCACCAAUCCAUAUCCAAAGCAGUAGCAGCAAUAACAGCUGCUUCACCAAAGAAUAUUUCACAUACAGUUGAUUAUUGUAUCGCUGAAAUAAAAUCGAGCAAAAGUGAUAUCAAAAAGCUUAUAGUACUGCUUUCUCUUGGUGAAUUGGGACGUUUGAUUGAUUUAAGCGGCGUUAAGGGCGUUCAAGAUUUGAUACUUGAAUGCUUUUCUAUAGGACACAGCGAUGAUAUUAAGACGGCUGCAGCCUAUUCAUUAGGCUCAAUGUGCGUUGGAAACUUACCAAAAUUAUUACCUGGUGUCAUUGAACUUAUUGAAAAGCAACCCAAACGUCAAUAUUUACUGCUGCACUCCUUGAAAGAAAUAAUAUCAUUUCAGAGCGUUAAUCCCGAAGCUGUUGAUGCUCUAAGACCAUUUGUCAAGUCUAUCUGGCAAAUGUUAAUGAAUCACGCUGAAUGUGAAGAGGAAGGGACGAGAAAUGUAGUUGCAGAGUGUUUGGGAAAAUUAACUCUCAUCGAUCCAUUGAAUCUACUACCAGAACUAGAAAAAUAUUUAAAAUCUAGCUCAGGAUUAGUAAGAGCAACAGUUGUGACAGCUAUAAAGUUCACAAUAACUGAUCACGCUCAAAAAAUUGAUGGUCUGUUAAAAAAAAGCAUCGGCGCCUUCCUGAAUAGUUUAUGCGAUAAGGACUUGAAUGUAAGAAGAGUAGCACUAGUUACCUUCAAUUCUGCUGCUCAUAACAAACCUGCUCUUAUACGUGAUCUCUUACCAAAAGUACUGUCCAGUUUGUAUGACGAGACAGUUGUUAAGAAGGAACUAAUUAGAGAAGUUGAAAUGGGACCCUUCAAACAUACAGUUGAUGAUGGACUUGAUGUUCGAAAAGCAGCUUUUGAAUGCAUGUAUACCCUACUAGAUUCAUGUUUGGAUAGACUGGAUAUUUUUGAAUUUCUGAAACAUUUGGAAGAUGGCUUAAAUGAUCAUUAUGAUAUUAAAAUGCUCAGCUAUCUUAUGCUUGUUCGGCUCUCGGUGUUAUCACCUUCAGCGUUAUUACAACAUUUGGAUCGUAUUAUUGAACCUCUAAAAUCCACUUGUACUUUAAAGUUAAAACAAAAUGCUGUGAAACAGGAACACGAGAAACAGGAUGAAUUGAGAAGAUCAGCAUUAAGAGCUGUUGCAGCAAUACUGAAAAUUCCAGAUGCCGAUAAAAGUCAACAAAUGACUGAAUUUAUGAAUCAAAUCAAAGCCAGUACUGAGCUUUUACAAAUGUUUGAAUUUGUCCAAAAAGAUAGCACUCCUCCCGGUCAAGACCAUACGUCAAUGGAUAUUUACUAG